CACGAAUUAUCCCGAUCACGUCCAGUCACAAAAAGCACAGGACGACGUGCAUGAUGAUGCACGCACGGCUUCCACGUCUCUUUCACCGGCGGACGAUCCCUGCCCGCGUACCGAAACUCGCGUGGAUUCACGUUUAUUCGAUAGUACGGCUCGCUAAACACGAGGUCUCUCCACUUCGAGAAUAUAUCCCGCGAUGCUGGAGAGUGUUCAAGUUGCUCCGUGAGGGAGAGACACGACAGCAUAUAGAGACGGACAGAUACGGACGGUCAUAUGCGUGUCGCGCAGCGGACCCAGUGUUAACGAUGCAACUUAAAAAUCCCAGCUAAGAGUAUGACAUCGGGCCAAAGAGAAAGGGACGAGAAGCGUGCGAUCGAAAUAUCUCCCCCCAAUGACAACCGCACUGCUCAAGCAACAGCAUCCGACUGCUUUACUGGGCCCAUCAACACCAUGGGCAACCUAUGCAGCUGUGGCGACGUCUGGUGUAACUUCAGGAAUUGUCGGUAAAGUUCAUGACAAAUACUGAUACACGUGAACCCGUGGAUCAUGUGAUUGCCUUAUUAGUCGCAGUACAAACCUUCCUGCGUCAGUGAACCACGAUGAACGCUACACGUUGGUCAUACGCUUCCCGUCACUACUUUAAAAUGUCAAGAAAAACGUGAGGUCUUCGACAGUCACGUUAUUCACAACUGGGAGUAUCCAAAUGCAACGAAUAGUUUAAUUCCGAGGACCAAGGAUGUCAAAACGACUGAGCUUCUAUGGUCUAGUAGGCCUGGCGUCCCUUUGCAUCUUCUUCUUAGCAUUUAAUCAACGCUACAGCAGCUACCUUGAGCAUCGACUGCAGCCGGUGAUAUCGGAUGUGGAAAUAAGGCCACGCAUCAGCAAAAUUCAAGAUCCAGUAACGGCAUAUUUUAGAGGGUCCAUUGAAAAUGUCACACUUUCUGAAAUACAGGAGGUUGUUGACCAGCAGAGGAAAGCAAUUGAGAGAGAAAUGGAAGGCUACAGGUAUCCGAAUGGAAAAUAUGGAGUUAAUAUCAGUAAGUUAGAAGACUUAGUAUUGGAAAGGGGAGGAAGACCCAUGAGGAGUGUGAUUUUAACAAGUUGGCGAAGCGGAAGUACAUUUUUUGGUGAUGUAGUCAACGCACAUCCAGCAAAUUUUUAUCAUUAUGAACCCCUACUUGAUUUUGGAAUCGUACAAAUUAGGGGGCCACCUCUCGCCGACGAAGCUCUUAGAAAUCUCGAAGCAUUACUAAGAUGUGAUUUUAGCAAUCUUGAUCGAUAUUUGGAAUAUGGUAAAACUCAUCCUUGGGUUUUUAAUCAUAACACGCAUUUAUGGAAACAGUGUCAGAUUCACAAAAAAAUUUGUUGGGAUCCACGAUUUGUUUCUAAAUUUUGCAAACUAUUCCCCUUUCAGUCAAUGAAAAUUGUUCGUUUAAGAUUACGUGCUGCAGAAAAACUUUUAGAACAAGAUUUAGGAAUACGUUUAGUUCUAUUAAUUCGUGAUCCAAGAGGGAUUUUACAAUCGAGAAAGCAUCGAGAAUGGUGCCCUACAAAACCCGAUUGCUCGGAUCCUGCGUUGGUAUGUGCAGAUAUGGUUUCGGACUUUAGUGCAGCAGUACAACUAAUUAAAAAAUAUCCUUAUACCUUCAGGGUAGUGCGUUACGAAGAUCUAUCCGUAGAUCCCUACAAACAUGUAAAAGAACUAUAUAAUUUCUACGGUUUGGACUUUCAUGCAAAUGUAAAAAAGUUUUUAGAUACUCAUACAAAAAACGACGUUGGUGGUGUUUCGAGCACUUUUCGAAAUUCAAAAGUGGCGCCAUUUCAUUGGCGGACAGAUCUCGAUUUCGAGGAAGUUGAUGAGAUACAAAGAGUUUGCGCAACAGCUAUGCGGCUAUGGGGAUACGUUAUGGCAUCAAAUUCUAGCCACCAAAAGGAUUUCGACCCACUCAUAGAUUAUAAACUGCAGUUGUGACACGUGACGUAACAUACGAUAAAUGUCUAAUAUCUGAACGUAACUAUUACUGUGUAGAAUGGUUAUAAUUAUUAGCUUAUCUGCACAGAUACCGGGAUUAUCACAAGUGCCCUCAUUCACAUUGAAAAGGUGGUGUUGAUAGUUUGCGUAGAUAAGCGCUUAUGAACUCUUACAAUCGAUUCCUGUUGCCGAUCUAUCUUGGAUUGAUAAAAAAGUAGCAAAUUAUCGAACCUUGUAAGACCAAUGGUGAAACAUGUUCCUUAAUGAAUUCAAGAGAUGCAUAAGUGCUCUUUGAGCUUGUUGCAAAAUGAAUAGACUUGAUCUAGAAUCUUAGACCAGAGUAUUAGGUGCAAAGAUUAGAAGUUCCUAAGACCCUGGUGUGCAACAAGAAAAUAUCCAUAUCAAUGCAGAUAUUAAAUGAACUUAAACGAUAAUCUUUUUUAGAACUCAAAGUUUAACCGUCGCAAU